AUGGAGAAAAAAAUAGAACCUAUUAACAUCGCCUUGAACUCAUCAUUAAGUCAACAAAUUCUAGAAAAUCGUUUAAGGUUAGCGCCCAUAAUAGAAACUAUAAUUUUUUGCGGCCGACAAGGUCUUGCACUUAGGGGGCACAGGGAUUUCGGAAAUUUUCAGUUGGAGGAUCCUGACGAAAAUGAUGGAAAUUUUCGAGCUCUUUUGAGAUACAAAGCCAUGGGUGGAGACGAAACACUUAAACAUCAUCUAGAAAAUUCUUCAAAAAAUGCAAGAUACUUAAGUCCCACCAUUCAGAAUGAAGUGAUAAAUGUGUGCAAUAAAUUAAUUGUUCAAAAGAUUGUUGCGAAAAUUACUUCUGUUAAAUUGUUUUCUGUCUUAGCCGAUGAAACUAGUGAUAUAGCUGGUAUGGAGCAAUUUUCGUUGUGUGUUCGCUACUAUGAUAACGACAUAAAGAAAAUAAGGGAGGAUUUCCUACAGUGUGUAGGUGUAACUGAUCUAACAGGCAAAGGACUUGCAAAUGUUUUAAUGGACACUCUAGCAAAUUUACACAUAGACGGUAAUUUUAUGAUAGGUCAAGGAUAUGAUGGAGCCGCUGCAAUGAGUGGUCGACUUCAUGGGGCGCAACAAUAUGUUGCUGAGAAAUUUGAUUUGGCUAUUUACGUGCAUUGCGCAUCUCACAGUCUAAACCUAGCACUUUCUGAUGCCUGCGAACUACCAGCUGUGAGAAACUGUAUGGGAAUCCUUAAUAGUACAUACACAUUUUUUAACACACCAAAACGACAAUCUUUGCUUGCAAAUUCAAUAGAGAAAUUAACACCUAAAGCAUCAGCAUCUCGACUUAAACGAUUGUGCGCAACCAGAUGGAUUGAGCGUCAUGAGUCUGUCAACGUUUUUAUACAGCUUCAAAAAGCAACUGUUGAUGCACUGGAAAUUAUGUCAUCCUGGCACGAUACAACAACUUCUUCAACAGCGGUUCAACUUUUAGGAGCAAUUAGGAGUCUUGAGUUUCAAGUUUCUCUUAGAGUUAUCUCAAAAAUCUUUGCAAUAACACUUCCUGUCAGCAGAAUACUCCAAACAGAAAACUUUGAUCUAUCUGCGGCUCUAAAAUUUACAGAAGAUUCAAGUAGCCUACUAGUGAAUAUGCGGAAGGUUGCUGAAUCAGAAUUUACUACCGUAUUUAAUGAAGUCAAAGACAUUUGUGAGGACUUCGACAUAGAUAUACUUAUUCCACGUCGAGCUGGAAAACAAAUUCAACGCUGCAAUGUUAUGGCAAAUACGCCUGAAGAGUAUUACAGAAUAGCUGUAUUUAUUCCUUUCCUUGAUUCGGUUAUAUGUCAAAUAGGAGACAGAUUGUUAAAACAUAAAUCUGUUUUGAGAGGUUUUAUGUGUCUUUUACCCAAUGACUCGGGUUUUACCAAAGAACAGGAAAAGAAUGCCAUAAUACUUAUGCAAAAAUAUGAACGUUUGAUUAACAGCAGUGUCAUCGAUGAAAGCAUUGGAGAACUGAAACUGUGGUGGCGCCACAUUAUUACAAGUGGAAAUAUACAGCCAAGUCACCAACAAUCUCAACCAAAAUAUCAGAUGAAGAUGGACCAUCACCAAGACCAACGGCCACCACAUUAUUUAUGGCCACAUAAUCCACAGUCUAAUCAGCCCGCACCAGAUCCUGCGACCCACACCUUCAUUGUAGCAGAUCUGAACAACACUAAAACACAACAUGGACCCAACACACUUGAGCUAUCCAUGUACAAGAAAGAUACU